AUGAUUCUGGGCGCGAACGCACAAGUUGGGGCUGGCGCUGGAGCACCACAAGGGAGGCGCGCCCUGCGCUGUCCCGCGCUCAGGUCUGGGGACAGCAACCCGAGGAUGGGAGGUGCCCAGAUGGCCCGGGGAGCGAAGAAGGACAGUGUCACAGGUGUUCUGCAGAUGAAGCCACCAAGGGAUGACACCCUCCACUUUGUUGUCUUCACGACAGAGCGGGCAGACAAAUCUGUUCUUGGUCCUGAGGAUUUCAUGGAUGAGGAGGAUCUCAGUGAAUUUGGGAUAGCACCCAAAGCGAUUGUUACCACAGAUGACUUUGCUUCCAAAACCAAGGACAGAAUACGAGAAAAGGCCCGGCAGUGGUGCUGCGACGGCCCCUAUCCUGGAGCUACUCUGCUCGAUGACUUUAUAACGCCAGCAAAGUUGUCUGUGGGCUUUGAAUUGCUAAGAAAAAUGGGCUGGAAGGAAGGGCAAGGAGUUGGUCCUCGGGUGAAGAGAAGGCCACGCCGGCAGAAACCUGUAUAUCCUGGAGUGAAAAUCUAUGGCUGUGCAUUGCCUCCUGGAGGCUCUGAAGGAUCUGAGGAUGAAGACGAUGACUACUUGCCUGAUAAUGUGACCUUUGCACCUAAAGACGAUCACGCCUGUGGAUUUUCACAAGAUAACGUGCACGGACUGGCUUACCAGGGUCUGGACCCCCACCAAGCACUGUUCGACCUCGAGGCACUUAAUCUUUUUGGUGGAGUCGCCCGUGCCGGCAAUCUUCUUGAAGACGUUGGACUGAAUAAAGGAAGGAAGUUGGGAAUUUCAGGCCAGGCUUUUGGGGUAGGUGCCCUGGAAGAGGAAGAUGAUGACAUCUAUGCCACAGAAACCCUGUCCAAGUACGACACUGUUCUGAAGGAUGAGGAGCCUGGCGAUGGGCUGUACGGCUGGACAGCGCCCCGGCAGUACAAGAGUCAGAAAGAACCGGAGAGAGACCUUCGAUACAUUGGCAAAAUUUUGGAUGGAUUUUCCUUGGCUUCUAAACCUCUCUCUUCUAAGAAAAUUUACCCACCCCCUGAGUUGCCAAGAGACUACCGGCCAGUGCAUUACUUCAGACGUGUAGCCGCGACCUCUGAGAACUCCUGCUUACUGCAGGUGUUAUCAGAGUCAGCUGGAAAGGCAGAAGAGGAUGCAGGCACACACAGUAGGCACCAACUGAAUGCCUCCAAGCGGGGGGAGUUGCUGGGAGAGACGCCUGUCCAAGGCUCAGCUACUUCAGUGCUAGAGUUUCUGUCCCAGAAAGAUAGAGAGAGAAUCAAAGAAAUGAAGCAAGCAACUGAUCUGAAAGCAGCUCAGCUCAAAGCCAGGAGUCUGGCCCAGAACGCCGCAGAUAGCAGGGCCCAGCCCUCCGCCCCGGACCCUCGACGCUGCUCUUGGCACAUGAACUUGGGUGGUGGAACAGCCACGCCAAGAGCCAGCAACUUCAAACCUUUUGCUAAAGAUCCAGAAAAGCAAAAGCGAUAUGAAGAGUUCUUAGUACAUAUGAGGAAGGGUCAGAAAGAUGCUCUGGAACGUUGCCUGGAUUCCAGCAUGACCGAGUGGGAGCGAGGCCGUGAGCGGGAAGAGUUUGCUCGGGCCGCCCAGCUGUAUGUGUCUUCGCACUCAACCUUGUCCUCCAGGUUCACCCAUGCCAAAGAGGAUGACGAUUCGGGUCAAGUGCAAGUCCCUCGGGACCAAGAGAAUGACCUCACUGACAAGCAGUCCGCGGUGAAGAUGAAGAUGUUUGGGAAGCUCACCCGAGACACGUUCGAGUGGCACCCAGACAAGCUGCUGUGUAAGAGGUUCAAUGUCCCCGACCCCUACCCAGAUUCAACUUUAGUUGGCUUACCAAGAGUGAAACGUGACAAAUACUCAGUCUUCAACUUCCUGACACUCCCAGAGCCAACCUCCUUGCCUACAACUCCAGCACCGAGUGAGAAAGUGCCACAGAACCAUGGAUCCAACAAAUCCAGGAAACCAUCCCGAUGGGACACAUCUAAGCCAGAAAAGAAAGAAGAUUCCAUUAGCGAGUUUUUAAGUCUGGCUAGAUCAAAAGUGGGUCCACCUAAGCAAGAGGCCAGUCCCCAAGUAAGCAAAGAGGAGGAGCGUGCGCUGGAGCCGCCUUCAGACAAGGCUGUAGACAGAGCCGAGGGCUCGCAGACGGUAGAGGAAGGAGGCCGCCCAGCCAUGGACUUGUUCAAAGCCAUCUUUGCCAGCUCCUCAGAGGAAAAGUCCUCAUCCUCCGAGGAAGAGCCGGGUGACAGUGAGGAUGACCAGGAGGGCGCCGAGGAGGCCGAGCUCAAAAGUGUCCAAGAGACGGACACGGGGGGAGCCUCAGCUGUGGCAGCUAGCAAGCUGGAGCACAGUGAACUCGCCCCACUGCCCUUCCCGAUACAAAAGAUGCAGAUCGAUGAACGAGAAGAGUUCGGCCCUCGGCUGCCACCUGUCUUCUGCCCCAAUGCUCGGCAGAGGCUCCAGACCCCUCCGAAGGAGAGACAUAAAAAGAACAAAGACAAACACAAGACCCAGAAGGAGCACAGACGGAAGAAAGAGAAGAAAAAGAAACACAAGAAGCACAAACACAAAAGCAAGCAAAAAAUUAAGAAGUCAGAGAAAAGUAGCAGUUCUGAGGGCACCGACAGCAGUGACAGCCAGAGUGAUGAGGAGGGUCCCUCAGACCUGUCACCCCAGGAGCUGCUGAAACGGCUGAAGCGUCUCCCACUAAGAAGGCAGUAAUUGAACUCUGCGCUGGCCUGUCCCCCGUCACAUCUCCCUGUGAUGGAUGCCCACUGAUUGCUGAGUGCAUUGUACAGAUUGUAUUUAUAUGUAAAUUCCUGCUGUAAAAUAAUUUUUAAAACCUUGGCAUUUCAAAGACUGCCUUGAAAGGUUGCAGAAAUUGACUUCUAUUUUUAACUCCAGUUGGUGUCAGAGAGGAAAAUUCAGACUGAACG